AACUUGGCAACUCACUGCGCAAGAAAUUCAAAGAAGUUAUGGAGCCUUCAAACGAAACCACCGUGUGCAAUCACCCUGUGAAGCACAUCUUCAGAGGAACAUUUGUGCACUCAACCCAGGACACUCCUCUUAAAAUACUAGAGGAUAAUGUUUUAGGAGUGGACGACGACGGAAAGAUUGCCUUCAUUGAAAGCGGUAAAGAUGUGGUUAGCCUUUCACACAAAUGGGGAUUUAAAGCCUCAGAUGUCAAACAACUGGAGCUACAUGAGUUCAUUAUGCCAGGACUCGUGGAUACACACAUCCAUGCAUCCCAGUACAGCUACACAGGCACAGCUCUGGACCUGCCACUUCUGCAGUGGCUCAACACCUACACGUUUCCUGUGGAGGCGAAGUAUAAAGACCUGACCUUCGCAGACAAUGUCUAUAACAAAGUUGUGAGAAGAACACUCAUGAAUGGCACCACAACAGCCUGCUACUUUGCUACCAUACACACAGAUGCCUCUCUACUGCUUGGUGAAAUUGCAAACAAGCUUGGACAGAGGGCAUUGGUUGGCAAGGUGUGCAUGAACUGUAACAACGCUGUUGAACACUACAAGGAGUCCACCGAAGAGUCCAGUGAGGAGACCAAACGUUUCAUCCACGAGCUCCUGAAAAAGAAGUAUCCCCACGUUAGACCUGUAGUGACCCCUCGCUUCGCCCUAUCCUGCUGUUCUGCUCUUAUGCGUGACUUGGGGGACAUCGCAAAGAACAACAACCUCCACAUUCAGAGCCAUAUCAGCGAGAACAAGGAGGAGUGUGAGGCGGUCAAACAGCUAUUCCCAGAAUUCGAGUCAUACACCGAUGUUUACCUGAAGCACAACCUCCUCACGGAUAAGACUGUGAUGGCUCACGGCUGCUACCUGUCUGAUGCGGAGCUUCAGGUCUUCCGUGACACUGGAGCCUCCAUCUCCCACUGUCCCAACAGCAACAUCUCGAUCUGCAGUGGUUUGCUGGAUGUUCGCAAUGUUCUAAACCAUAAAGUGAAAAUAGGACUGGGUACAGAUGUAGCUGGUGGCUACUCUCCCUCUAUUCUUGAUGCCAUACGGCGAGCGCUGGACUCAUCCAAAGUUCUCACCAUCCAAGACCCCAGCCACCAGACCUUGACCUUCGAGGAGGUCUUCAGGCUGGCCACGCUAGGAGGGAGCCAAGCCCUCUCCCUGGACUCGGAGACGGGGAACUUUGAAGUGGGGAAGGAUUUUGACGCCCUGCUCGUGAAUGUGUGCGCACCUGAAGGGCCGAUGGACAUAUGUGGUCCAGAGCCCCCUAAGGUCCUUCUGGAGAAAUUCCUGAAUUUAGGUGAUGAUCGCAACAUAAGGGAAGUGUACGUGGCUGGAAGAAGGGUUGUUCCAUUUGCAGAGACAGCUUCGUGUUAAAGCAGGGCUGCACUUCACCACUCUUCAGCGAUGACCUUAAAGGGGAACUUGCCUGUUUGUUUAUGUUUAAUGUUAAGUGAAAUGACCGUGAUGACAGUGACGAUCUUGUAAUGCUCUUGCGUUGAGGUUCCAUUAACUUAACAUCAAUGGAAAGCAAUAGUUAACAUCAAAGGAGCAUUAUUUACAGCAGUUAACAGCAUCACCUAAUGAUUCAUGUUAAUUCAGGGAAGCUUAAUGCAAAAUAGUACCAUAGCUCUAAACAUAAGCCUCAACUCAAAGUUGGUUCAGGAAACCCUUAAAUGACUCUUUCAAUUCCUACUGACACAAAAACAAAAGAUACGAAAGUAUUUCAAAUAAUCACAUGUAUAAGUCAUCACUAUCUGUAUUUUAAUGUAGACAAAAGGAGAAUUUGUGUUGGAAGUUCUCUAGUUCCCUUUAAACAUAAUAGGUUGAUUUAUAUUUUUUUGUAUACUCAGGUUGAUUUAAAAAUGAUCAUAAAUAAAUGACAGAUAUGGUGCACAUGUUUUAAGUAACAUGUUAUAUUUUCAGAUACUGUGCUAAUGCUCUAUUGUUAUGGCAAGUGCAAUCCUCAUCUAUCUUGUCUUAUUUUUUUUUGCUUUGUUUAUUUGCUCAAGUGUAAUGUUGUAAUUCAUUGCUUUAAAACAUGUAUAUUUGAUAUGAUUGAAAUGGAAAACCAAAUAGGCUAAUACUACUUCUGUUUCUUUAAAACUGUUUUUUUUUUACCGUGUCAAUGUAGGGACGAUAUACCAGUAACUUUCAAAUAAACCAAAGUUUAAACUAACUUUA